UUUUUCGAGCCCGAUCGAGAGACUUCCAGGCUAUGCUCACGCAGCAGCGGACUUCACCAUCGCCAAGUCCAAGGGCAACUUUAUAAAGCCAAGAGAGAGGAAGACGAGACGGAAGAGGAAAUUACAUGGUUGUGAUUGUGUGUGGAUGACGAAGAUGGGAGCCACCGAGCCGAAGCUUGAGGAACUUCCAGACAACAAUAAGCGCGUCAAGAACCCUCUAGUGCCCAUUGGAGCACUUAUCACAGCAGGAGUUCUUACAGCAGGCUUAAUGAGCUUCAAGCAAGGGAAUUCUCAGUUAGGUCAAAAGCUGAUGAGGGCUCGAGUUCUAGUUCAAGGAGCAACUGUUGCUUUAAUGGUGGGCAGUGCUUACUAUUAUGGGGAACAAAUGAACUGGUUCAAAAAGAGCAAAGAUUGAGCGGCUUCAGAGACUGCAAGUGGUGGGUGUACAAAGUAUUAUGCAAGUAUGCAACUGUACCCACCCUAAAAAAAAACUUUUUUUUCUUCCCUAUCAGGUAUGGAAAAUGAGUGUUCUUAUGGUCGUGAUAUGGCUCUCAAAUCUCAAUAGUGUUUCAUAUGAAGGUUUUUGCCGUAUAAGCAUUAUAGGCCAUCA